CAUGGGGGUGCGAAGUUCGCUGCUGGUCACUGAAGAGAACUUGCUCACUACUGGCAGAGUAUACUGGAGAGAAGGGAGGAGCGGGAGAUGGUGGACUCACACUCUGAGUCGUACGCGGUCCAGGAGCGCGAGCUGCAGAAGCGACUGCCAACAGUGCCGCCGAACGUCAUCAGACACUCUCUGAGGGAGCACCAUGGAAACAUUGAGGAGAGCUACCAGAAGCUGCGUGUGCAGACUCCCCAACCCCUCUCCCCUGACGUAGAACCCUUCUUCCACCAAUUCAAUAGAACUCCCACCGUAUCAACCUCUCGUCCAUCAUACUAUCAUCAACCACAGUCCUACCAGCCACCGCAGCCACACCACUACCAACAGAGACCGUUGGCCUACCAACACCAACCCCCGCCGCGACCGUCGCUGCAAAACGACCACAGGGCCGUCAGAAGACAGCACACCUGGGACCCAUACUCCCAAACCUUGCCCAACCCUCGUCGCUCGCACACUCACGUCCAUCAACCUCCUUUGGAUCACUACAAUAUGUACGGUGGAGCUGGAGCUCCUAAUGCAGAAAUCGGUUAUCACGACUUCAGAUGGAGUGGGUAUGAUAGCAAUGCGAGCACAAGGCAGGUGUACGACCGUCAGUUGACCCUACCGAGGAAGAGAGACGUCAACUUUGGCGUGACAGCAGUCAGUAUAUUCGCAGCUCAGGAGCAACAGCUGGAAGCCCUUCAGAGACAUCACGAGGGACAACGCCAGCAGCUGACGUACAUGAGACAGACACUGGAGAGCAGCCAACACCAGUUGAGCAGACUCAGAAUGGACGUCUCUGCCAUACCGUCUCCACAGCAGAUGGGAGAGUUGAAGGAGGUGAUUCAGACUCUGGAGAUUGAUCUUCGGGAGGCCAGAAACAACCUGCAGGUCCAGACGGUUCAGAGUAAAAUGAAGGAGGAGCAGGACUUGUACACUGAUGAAGGAGUGAGAUGGUACUGCGCGGACUGCUCGUUCCUCAACCAUCCUCUGAUGACACUGUGUGAAAAAUGCUCCAUUCCCAGAGCCCGAUCAGCAAGUUGAUCGAAAAAAUUACGAUAUUUGUAAUUUCUCGUUUGAUUCCGCACUUUGCACUUUUUAUAUCACCGAUUGUCUUGCACCAUUUUUUGAUACACCAUUUUUUGGUUACAAAAGAACGAAAACAAGAAAAGCACUUUUAACACUGUACACAACAUCAUAAAAGAGCGCUUUUUAAAUUGCUAUACACGACAAACAAUAGAAAAACACAAAAGGCUUGCAGCUAUCUAUAUGUAUAAUAAUAUCAUUUCUUUGAAGUUGUUUUAAAUGGUGGCUGAGUUUGCCUCGACAUAUAUGUUGCCCAUUGGACAGUAGAGCCCACAGCAUGGAGUACAUCUGAAGUAGUAUCUCCCAUCCUUGAAUGCACCGUCGUUGCUUCCAGUUGGUAAAUCCAGAAUGACUCCAGCCAUUUCUUUCCCAUCCAGCACCCCAACAUAGGCCAGGACCCCAGUCUCGUAUUUUCCUCCCUUCCUCUUUACUAUCACCUCUGGCUUCGACUUGUAGCUCAGUUUGUGUCUUGGUCUCUCGAUGACGAGAUUCCGUGUAACUCCAUCCUUCAUCGUCACCUCCGUGUAGAGCUCAGCAGUAGCACCACUGGGACUGAAGCUUCUGUUACUGGCAGAAGACAGUCGGUCAUGCUUGUGACUACUGCUUCCCGAAGCUGUGCUAGUAAAAGAUUGCUUGCUAGACCUUCU